AAGAGAUAAAAGCCGGGGUGCACGUGAUGAAAGCUGAAUAAUAAAUUUAUUUUAUAAUCUUCUCUUUUAUAUAUUUUUGGGGUCGAUCUCUAUUCCAUCUUAAUUAGCUGUCUCUCCUUUUGUAAUAGAGCAAUCAUUCACAGGACAAAACAAGCGCUGUUAAAAAAAAAAAAAAGCGCUGCUAUACCCACCUCUCCCCCUCCGAACCAGUUUCUGUUCACUCUAUAUUAAGCUGCAGACUUGGAAGCCUAUUCAUCCAUUCCCAUUGAACUCUACCUCGAGGAGUGGUAGAGAUGGAGAAGAAAGCGUUGAUUUCUGUAGUACUGGUGAUUCUGGCUUUGUGCCACGUGUCUGUGGCAUCGACGGAGAAGAAGACGUACAUAGUGCAUAUGGCGAGAUCCCAAAUGCCGAAGAGUUUCGAUGAGCAUACGCACUGGUACGAGUCGUCUCUCAAAUCGGUGUCCGACUCGGCCUCGAUGCUGUACACUUACAGCAACGUGGCCCAUGGAUUUUCCACGAGAUUGACGGCGGAUGAAGCGCGGUCGCUGGAAAAUCUGCCGGGGAUUCUCUCCGUUUUGCCGGAGGUGAAGUAUGAGCUUCACACUACUCGGACGCCGGAGUUUCUCGGCCUUGUCAGGAACCCAGAUCUGUUCCCCCAAUCGGGCUCAGUGAGUGAAGUGGUCAUUGGGGUUCUUGAUACCGGAGUUUGGCCGGAAAGCAAGAGCUUCGACGAUACGGGACUCGGACCCAUUCCCGGUUCAUGGCGAGGCGAGUGCGAGUCGGGCACCAACUUCACUUCAUCCAACUGUAAUCGGAAGCUCAUCGGUGCAAGAUACUUCUCCAGAGGCUACGAGGCCACAUUGGGCCCAAUCGACGAAUCGAAGGAGUCCAAAUCGCCGAGGGACGACGACGGCCAUGGAACCCACACUGUCAGCACCGCGGCGGGGUCGGUCGUUCGCAACGCCAGCCUUUUCGGCUAUGCACCUGGAACGGCUCGCGGGAUGGCAGCGCGGGCCAGAGUCGCCGUGUACAAAGUGUGCUGGGUGGGAGGCUGUUUCAGCUCAGACAUAUUGGCCGCCAUAGAAAAGGCCAUUGAUGAUGGCGUCAACGUUCUUUCGUUGUCGCUCGGCGGCGGAAUGUCCGACUACUACCGGGACAGCGUGGCAAUCGGAGCUUUUGCGGCGAUGGAGAAGGGAAUUCUGGUUUCGUGCUCUGCCGGUAACGCCGGGCCAAGUCCAUACAGUCUCACCAACGUGGCACCGUGGCUCACCACCGUCGGCGCCGGCACGUUGGACCGUGACUUCCCCGCGUACGUUAGCCUGGGCAACGGCUUGAACUACUCGGGCGUGUCGCUUUACAGAGGUGACUCCUUGCCAAGUAAGAUGCUUCCCUUUGUUUACGCUGGAAAUGCCAGUAACGCUACCAACGGUAACCUCUGCAUGACGGGAACACUGAACCCGGAAAAAGUCAGGGGUAAAAUCGUACUCUGCGAACGUGGAGUAAAUGCCAGGGUGCAGAAAGGGUCUGUGGUAAGGGCGGCGGGUGGAAUCGGGAUGGUUUUGGCCAACACCGCGGCCAAUGGGGAGGAGCUGGUGGCAGACGCCCAUUUACUGCCGGCCACCGCCGUGGGCCAGAAAUCUGGUGAUGCAAUCAAACAAUACCUGUUUUCAGAUCCCAAUCCGACGGUUACGGUUCUCUUUGAGGGGACCAAGCUGGGGAUUGAACCGUCACCGGUGGUGGCAGCCUUCAGUUCAAGAGGCCCAAACUCAGUUACCCCCGAAAUAUUGAAGCCCGACGUGAUUGCCCCAGGUGUGAACAUCAUAGCGAGUUGGUCGGGGACUGUCGGACCAACCGGGUUGGCGGAUGACAACCGGCGCGUGGGCUUCAACAUCAUCUCCGGAACUUCCAUGUCGUGCCCGCACGUGAGCGGCUUGGCGGCGCUCCUCAAGGCGGCACAUCCCGACUGGAGCCCCGCCGCCAUCCGAUCGGCUCUCAUGACCACCGCCUACACAGUUUACAAAAACGGCCGCUCGCUUCAAGACAGUUCCACCGGGAAGCCAUCCACGCCGUUCGAUCAUGGCGCUGGACACGUGGAUCCCGUGUCAGCCCUCAAUCCCGGUCUGGUCUAUGAUUUGGACGUCACCGAUUACUUGGGCUUCCUCUGCGCUUUGAACUACACCACUUCGCAGAUCAGCGUCCUGGCGAAGAGGAAUUUCACGUGUGAUCCAGCCAAGAAAUAUAGCCUCACUGAUCUGAACUACCCUUCUUUCUCUUUAGCCCUCCCAAGCUCACAAAUGGUCGGCGGCGGCGGCGGCUCAACGGUGCUGAAGUAUACUCGAACACUCACUAAUGUAGGCUCCCCUGCGACGUACAAGGCUUCGGUUAAUUUGAAAAGUGAGUCGGUGAAGGUUUCAGUCGCGCCGGAGACGUUGAGUUUCACUCAGUUGAAUGAGAAGAAGUCUUAUACGGUGACGUUCACGGCAGGAUCAAUGCCAGCGAAUACGGUUAGCUUCGGCAGAAUAGAGUGGUCCGACGGGAAGACCGUUGUCGGGAGUACAAUAGCCAUAAGCUGGAUGUAGCUGGGAAGUGCAGUAGCUAUGAGCUUCAAGGAGCCAUAUAGUUGUUUAAUAUUAAUUGUAGAUUUGCAAUGUUAAGGUUUCAUUAGAUUAGCCGGAAAUUAUGACUGUCAAGUGUUUUAACAUGGGAAACCAGGUCACAGGGGAUGAUGUUUUCUUCUUGGCAAAUGGCAAAUGUAUGUGUGUUCAAUCGA